AUGAAGCAGCUGUGUGCUUCAAGAAAGCUGGUGCUUGGGCUGCAGUACUUCAUCCCGAUCAUGGAGUGGGCUCCGCGCUACAACUUCGCCUUCUUCAGAGCCGACCUCGUCGCCGGGAUCACCAUUGCCAGCUUGGUUGUGCCUCAGGGCAUCAGCUAUGCCCAACUCGCCCUCCUUCCUCCCAUCAUCGGACUCUAUAAGUUACCAGCUAGCUACCACUUAAAAAAUUAG